GCCAGGAUUAGUUCACUCAGUUCGCAAGAUGGGAGUAUUGAUAAGGUGUUUAAUCAAGAGUCUGGGCAUUGGGGGUUCUUGAAAUGGAACCAUAGGUAUAAAAUUGCAGUUGGGUUGGCUUCGGUUUUGGCGGACCUUCAUCAAGAAUGCGAGCAACAAGUGAUCCAUUGCGAUAUUAAAGCGAGUAAUGUGAUGCUAAUUUUAAUGCUACUGCGGGGACCAUGGGUUAUUUAUUGCCCGAUUAUCUUCAAUACGGGAAAGCUACCGAUGAAACCGAUAUUUUCAGCUACGGUGUGGUAGUUCUAGAACUCUGUUGUGGGAAGAGACCAAUUGAGAGGGAGCCAAGGGGUCAUAAAAUGAACAAUUUAGUGGCUUGGGUGUGGGAGUUGCACUGCAAAAGCGCUAUUUGUGAUGUGGUUGACAAGCGGUUGAACAAAGAGUUUGAUCCGAAUGUAAGGGAAGCUUGCCCAGUCGGGCGUGCUUUGCUAGAGUGGGUCUGGCUAGAUUAUGCCACGCAAAUUCGUAAUAUCUAGAGCUAAGUAACGGCAUGGUAUGUGUUGAUAUUGUAGGUACUCGAACUUUAUGGUGUACAAAAUAGCAUCUGAUUCGAGUCAAAUUGAUAGACAGACAAGAAAAUAAGAAAAGCCUAUUUGCGACACGCAUAAAUAUAAUUAUCCUAAGUUAUCCACUGUAAAACAAAAUUCCACAAUACUUGGUAUAUAUUGCAGUUUGUUUCUGUC